CAUACUACGCACGCCACGCCCCUCCCUCUCGACGUGGUUCGGUCAUUGUUCGACGUGAACUAGCCUCUGCUAAUGUGCUAAUCAGAGGCUAGCUGAGAUUCAAAGAAGUUUUAACUUUCUCUGCAUACAUAUAAGUCAGAGUUAGAAACUUAAUUGGUGCACAAUGAGCAAAAGGAAAGCGCCACAGGAAUCUCUAAAUGAGGGAAUAACGGACUUUCUUGUAGAGCUGGCUAACUAUGAGAAAAAUGUCAACAGGGCAAUACACAAGUACAACGCGUACAGGAAAGCAGCUUCUACCAUUUCUAAGUACCCCAACAAGAUCAAAAGUGGAGAAGAAGCCAAAAAACUGGAUGGUGUUGGAGCUAAAAUAGCAGAGAAGAUUGAUGAGUUUCUUCAAACUGGCAAACUACGGAAGCUGGAAAAGAUCCGCAAUGACGACACAAGCUCCUCCAUCAAUUUCCUCACCAGAGUUACUGGAAUUGGGCCUGCUGCUGCCAGGAAGUUUUUUGAUGAAGGGGUGAAGACAUUAGAAGAUCUGAAAAAGAUAGAGCACAAGCUCAACCACCAUCAGCAGAUUGGUCUGAAGUACUUUGAAGAGUUUGAGAAAAGAAUUCCACGAGCUGAAAUGGAAAAGAUGGAGACUCUUAUUCUUGAAGAGUUGGAGAAGAUUGAUGCAGAUUAUAUUGGAACAAUCUGUGGAAGCUACAGAAGAGGUGCAGCAUCGAGUGGUGAUAUUGAUAUUCUGCUGACCCACCCAAACUACACCUCUGAGACAGAGAAGCAGCCCAAACUCCUCCAUGCUGUGGUCGACCAUCUGGAGUCCAUCGGGUUUGUGACCGACACUCUGUCCAAAGGAGACACAAAGUUCAUGGGCGUCUGCCAGCUGCAGCAGAGUGAGGAUGAUGAGGAAGAAUACCUUCACAGGCGUAUUGAUAUUAGGCUAAUUCCCAAGGAUCAGUACUACUGCGGAGUUCUGUACUUCACUGGAAGUGACAUCUUCAAUAAGAAUAUGAGGACUCACGCUCUGGAAAAAGGCUUCACUCUCAACGAAUACACCAUACGACCACUUGGGGUCACUGGCGUGGCAGGAGAGCCUCUGUUGGUGGAUAGUGAGAGAGACAUCUUUGAAUACAUCCAGUAUAAAUACAGAGAACCGAAGGACCGCAGCGAGUGAUCCGACGACGGCAUGCAGUUACAUCUGUGUUUAAAGAUACAGCUUGAUGCAAAAAAAAAAAAAUCUGAACGUGUGCGCGUGUGUAUUUUGUGUGGUUUUUGAUGAAGAAA